AUGUUGGCUCUCACCAGCGCAACUGGCAAGUUGGGAAAAGCCGUCAUCGACGCUGUUCUCGAGAAUAAGCUCGUCGAUCCAUCGGAACUCGUAGUAUGCACAUCCUCCGAUCCCCUUGAUGCGCGAUUCGAUGCUCUGCGUGACCAGAGCAUUACCGUCCGCUACAACAACUUCGAUCAACCUGAGUCGCUCGAACGUGCCUUCGCAGGAUGCUCGAAGCUGUUCCUCGUCUCCACCCCGCGAAUCUCCAUGGACUACAACGAUGCGCCGCUGUGGCAAGGCCGCGAAGCACACCACCGUGCAGCCAUCGAUGCGGCGGUCAAGGCUGGCGUCAAGCACAUCUACUACACGUCCUUGGCUUUCGGAAACCCUUCAAAAGCGGGUGUUAUGCGAGCGCAUAUACGCACGGAGAAAUACUUGAGCGACCUCGCAGACAAGGGUAAAGUGGACUAUACCAUCAUCCGCGAGGGUUUAUACAAUGAGAGCUGGCCGCUGUACUUCGGCUACUACUUUCGGCUGCGGGACGAAAAGAGACAUCAGGUCGUUGUCGCUGGUGAUGGGCCCAUUUCAUGGACGUCUAUCGCCGAUAUGGCAUUCGGCACGGCACAAAUCAUCUCGGCGCCCAGCGACACCUGGAAGGGGAAGACGCUAUAUCUUUCACAAACCGAGACUUGCUCCCUGGAAGAUAUAGCGCGUAAAGUCAGCAGUGCCCAGGGCCAAGACAUCCACCUCAAGGUUGUGUCAAAAAAAGAGUACGAGGACCAUUACGCCGCAAGCGGUACUGAAAGGGCUUCGGUCGAGUGGUGGAGCAGUACUUAUGAAGCUUUGAAGAAUGGUGAAUGCGACAUUAAGGAUGAUACGCUCAAAACUAUGUUGCGAGAGGCAGGAAGGGAACCCACUUCUAUAGAUGAGACCAUUGCUAAAAUGCUAGGAGGGGAAGGAGGUCAGAUUGUUGGAUAG